AUGUCUAUUACGGGGUCAAUCAAAUUGGCUGCAAGGAAGGUUGUGGAGAAUAUCAGGAUAUCGUAUUACAACUUGUGCGGCUUCAACAAACUUGGCCUAAUGUACAAUGACACAUUUUACGAGGAUCAGGAUGUGAAAGAGGCCCUGAAGAGGCUUCCUGAGGACGUUUAUAACGAGAGGCUCUUCAGGAUCACUAGGGCGAUGCAUCUCAGCAUGAAGCACCGGAUUCUCCCAAAAGAGGAGUGGACAAAAUAUGAAAAAGAAGUCCUUUACCUGGAACCAUACCUGGAUGAGGUGAUCCGUGAGAGGAAAGAAAGAGAAGAAUGGAUGAAGAAAUAAGACAUUUCCUUGUGUUGAUCUUGUCUUAGGUUGGUGCGUGACCCUCCCCUGGUGUAAUAUGUAAAGGUUUAAUAUGAAACAUAACCUAUAAUAAAACAAUGCUUAAUAAAAACGCAUUUUGGAAAGUGGAA